AUGGCCAAGCGCCGCCCGCGCGUAGCGACCCCGACCCAGUACGGCGAGACGCUUUCCGAAUCCGGCUUCUGGGUCGAGUACCCCGACGGCCUCGUCGACCUCACUCGCACCCGCCCGCUCUCUCUUAGCCUCGCCUCCGAUGCCCACCUCCUCGCUUGCGAUGACGCCGCCAGCCCACCCCCGCUCGAUGCCGACACCCAGAUCGAACUCCCCGUCGACGGCGAGCGCACCAUCCGCCUGACCGGCGCCAACACCGCGCUCGUCGUGGUCGACAUGCAAAACUUUUUCCUCCACAAGGACCUGCGCGACCAUCCGACGGGGAUCGCAUGCGUUGACCCGCUGCUCGCCGUUGUCCCGGCUUUACGCAAGCACGGCGUCCGCAUCAUCUGGCUCAACUGGGGCCUCACCCCGCAGGAGCUGCAUACCCUACCGCCCUCUCUCGCCCGCCAAUUUUCGCGCUCUUCUCGCGGUGGCUUCGGCUCCCCUCUCCCCGACCCUUUCGGUCCCCUCCUCAUGCGCGGCUCAUAUAACGCCCAGCUUUACGGACCUCUCCAAGACCUCUACCUUGCCGGUCACACCGCCGGGACUGACGUCUGGAUACACAAGAACCGCAUCAGCGGCAUCUGGGGCUACCAGUCUGCGCUCGACCUCUACCUCAAGGAGAACGGCAUCCGGAGCCUGCUCUUCGCUGGCGUCAACGCCGAUCAGUGCGUGAUGGGCACCUUCUCCGACGCCUACUUCCGUGGCUACGACGUCGUCAUGCUCCAGGACGCGACCGCCACCACUUCUCCAGCAGGCGGCCUCGAAAACGUCCUCUACAAUGCGGGUAGCUAUGGCUUUGUUACAGAUACCAAGCGCGUCGUAGAAGCUCUCUAA